AGAGUGCCCCCUUACACACAGGCAUUCCCAUCAGAGUGCUCCUUUACAUCAGGCAUUCCCAUCAUCGAGUGCGCCCUUACAUCCAGCAUUCCCAUCAGAGUGUCCCCUUAUAACAGAGUGCCCCAUUAUAUAAGGUUCCCCCAUCACAGUGACACCUUACAUAGGGUGUGCCCAUCAGCGUGCCCCCUUACAUUAGGUGUGCCCAUCAGAGUGCUCCUUUACAUCAGCCGUCCCCAUCAGAGUGCCCCUUUACAUCAGGUAUCCCCAUCACAUUGACACCUUAUAUCAGGUAUUGCCAUCAGAGUGCCCCCUUACACUCAA